CGCAUAUUCAAAUGUUUCCUCCUCUUGGGUCUCCUGGCAGGGUCCUCCGUCCACAAUGAGGAGCCUCUGGUGCAUCUGCAGCUCCAGCAGCCGGAGGGAGACCUCUUCUCCUGUGGGUGUGACACAACAGAGGAGCACAGCAGCCAAAGCUCCUCCAAUGACACCCCGGCCCCUGAGAGGGCCCUGUGCCAGCCCUGCACACCUCCAUCAGCUGUAGAUACUGAAGAGCCAGCAGUAGCCUCAGAGCAUGAAGAAGAGGAGGGGGAGGCAGCUCCUGUGGAAGAGGAUGCUUCCAGAGAGGAGGUAACAAGUGAUGGGCAGGAAGAGGAAGUAGCAUCUGAGGCUGCGGCUGAGGAGGAGGAAGAGUUAGCUGUGGAGGUUGCAUCAUCUGAAGUUGAGGAAGAGGAGGAGAACAUUGAGGAAGGAGAGGAAGAAGGUGAACCUCAGGAGGAAGUUGCUGCUGAAGAAACAGUUGAGGAACCAGAAGACACCCAGGAUGAGACAGAAGCAGCCGCUGAGGAGGAGAGUGUGGAAUCUCCUGAGGAUGCAACUGAGGAGGAGGUUUCAGAGGCUGAACCAGAACCAGAAGCAGAACCAGCUGAGCUUCCUCAAACAGACUCAGACCUUGAAGAAACCGAGGCAGAAGUGAUUGCAGAGCCUGAACCAGAACCAGAGGUGACUGCAGAGCCUGAACCAGAACCAGAGGAGGUUGCAGAGCCUGAACCAGAACCAGAAGUGAUUGCAGAGCCUGAACCGGAACCUGAGGCGGUUGCAGAGUCUGAACCAGAACCAGAAGUGAUUGCAAAGCCUGAACCGGAACCUGAGGCGGUUGCAGAGCAUGAACCAGAACCAGAAGUGAUUGCAGAGCCUGAACCAGAACCAGAGGUGGUUGUAGAGCCAGAACCAGAAGUCAUUUCAGAGCAUGAACCAGAACCAGAGGUUGUUGCAGAGCCUGAACCAGAACCAGAAGUGAUUGCAGAGCCUGAACCAGAAACAGAGGCUCUUCCUGAAGUCGAGCCAGAGCCUGUUGUGGAGGAUGUCACACCAGAAUCUGUUGAAGAGGCGAUGGAGGAGGCAUCAGUGGAUGCUGUUGAGGAAGCACCUGCUGUUGCCGAGGAGAUGACGGUGGAGGAGGUGACAGUGAAGGAAGUGACGGUGGAGGAGGUGACGGCCGAGGAGGUGACCACAGAGAAGCCUGCACAGCUGAAAACCAAAGGGCGCGAGGCAUCAGCCCGUAAACUGAGGGACCGCUCCCACAUCGAGGACACACUGCGAUUGGCUACUGAGGAUCCCUCAGAUGAGUUCUCAGCUGAUAUGAAGAAACUAUUGAGCAUCUACCACAAUGCCAUCAAGCCAAUGGAGCAAGCCUUCAAGUACAACGAGCUCAGGCAGCAUGAAGUCACAG